CUCGAACUCUUCACCAUGAGACACCUACUAUCUCUUCGACCAUGGGGUCAAGAAAUCACACCUGCAGCUCGAGAGCAUAUCCUUAAUAUCAUCCGGACGAGCGCCAAACCCCUCUCAACCAAGGAAGUCUUCCGCCUAGCUGUUCGGGAGCCCGUGAGCGGUCAGUCAGGCAGGGUAGAGCCUACGAGACAAAGACUGAGAGAGGCGAUGGCGCGUGCCGGUGUACCCCAGCCUCCACACCCUGAACAUCCGAUACGAUCUGUGAAAUAUCUCAAAACGAUAGUGCUCCAGGACCUGCUCGAGUCCAAGGAGGUUCAGAAGGUGCGCGUGACGACAACGAUGAGCAAGGAGGACACGGAAGAGCGUCUGAAGACGAUGUCGAAGGCACAAAGGGCGACAGCGCUUCGGGGUGGGAUGCAGAAGACGAAGGAGUCGUUCUUGUGGGCGCCACGAGCGCCGGUGCAGGUGCAGGAGGCGAAGGCGGAGGGGCUGCCAUUUGGGCAUGAGGUGGGCGUAGGCGAGAACAUAGAGCACCUGAACAAGCGUCGGCGGGCGAUGCGGGAGAAAAAGGUGGCAAGCGACGUACGUUGGAUGCAGAAGGUGGAACAGGCUCGGCUCGGUGUCCACGACCAGCACGCUCUCUUUGCCCAGCGUCGGAGGGAACAGGCAAAGGCACCAGCUUCAUAACACGUAGAUCCCUGUCCUAUUUCUCUUUGAUUUCUUUUCCCAUAUAUUUCGUGUUCUCGUCACGCAUAUCCCUGCCUCUGCGUGUCACACUGUGACAUCCUCCUCUUGUUCCGCACCGCGAUGUCCAACUCAAAGUCCCGACGGGCUCGCGACCCUUCCUCCCUCUCAAAUUCUCCUCAUCUCACUCAUGCCCGCACACACUCAUCGGCCACCAGCAAUCACCGUUCAGUGCUACAGAAGCCGCCCGUUGUUUCAGCUCCCAGCCCCCAACCCUCCUCGGGAAUGACCGCCGUCUCCCGAUACAAUCAGAAUCUAAAAGUAUUGCGCCGCAACGAUCCAUCCAUUGUGUCCAUAAUCGACCAGUUCAGUCAUGUAUGUCUGUAUCAUCACAACGGGGCUAAAUGGGAAAAGAAAGGAUACGAGGGUAGCAUGUUCCUGUUUGAACGCAAUGCUUAUCCCCCAUAUGGCCUUUAUAUUCUCAAUCGCAUGGGCAUGGACGACUAUGUGCUUUAUAUCUAUCCCGAAGAUGACAUCGAAGCACGCGGAGAGUAUCUUAUGUAUCGCUGCUAUCCCGACUUCACCGCCAAGCGCCUUGCCAUGGCCCGACCGACAUCUUCCUUCCCCAGCAAAGAAACGGAUUCGGUACACACUUUGUCUGCCUCGAGUUCCUCCGCUACCGCAUCCUUUACCGCCACCCCCAUCCUGCCCCCUCAGCAACAAUCCAUAACUGCCCCGAACGACUUCGCAGAUGCUCGUGGUCGUGAGCCAUCCUCGACCGACAUCGUCACCAACUGGAAGCUCUUACUAGCCGACAGUAAAGAGAAAGGCCUGCCGGUCACUUUCGGUUUUUGGAUGUUCGUGACUGAUGUGCGGGAAUCAAUGCAGGACGUGAUGAUUCGAUUGAGCUCCUAUAUCCGUGACAUGGUCCCUUAUCCAGAACAAUAUCGCUACGGACCUGAUCGUCCUCCACCGCCACCAAAUUCCCACCCUGCACAAAAGCCUAUUGCCGAUGAACGAACAGAACAAACACCCCCCAAUGUUACGGCUGGGAUGUCGGAGAUAGACAAGCUCUUUGCGAAGCUGACCCCCUCCGGAGCCUCAAGUGGCGCUACGCUUUCGAAUUCCACCACUCCAGCUCCGUCUGGUGCUGCGAAAUUGACUCUAAACGACUUGUUUGCCUCCGCAUCCAUUCCCCCCACACCGUCCGCUACCAACGUUAACAAUUCUCACGACAAUGUCGACACCCGUGACCCUUCUCGCCCUUCAUCGUUCUUGGAUCAUCCGUCAUCAUCAGUUCCUCAGUCCACAAGUGGUCUGGCUCUACUGUCUUCCAUUUUCGCUUCCGCCACACCCGUUGAUAAUGUCACUUCACAAUCAAGUAACACAACUCACGUGAACGUCAAGUCGUCUACUGCUCAUAUCCCGAACACCAUCGCCAAUUAUGCGACUCAUGACUCGUCGGCGUCUCCUUUCCCCGCCCCUCCCUCUGCUCCUCCGUCCAUUCGUUUAUCCUUCGCCGACGCUCAGAUGACACUUAACACUGGCUCUGAUGGCUACAACGGCCAGCAGAAUAGUCAAGCAUACGAAAUCCACUCUCCGAAGCCAACAUCAUCUACGCUGCCGCAAAUACUCACACAAGAUGUCAUCUCCUCUCUACUCGGUAUUCCUUCGCAAUCAUCAUCUCGAGCCUCCUCGAGCAGUUCUUGGCAUUCUCAAUCCCAACCUUUGAGAUAUGAAGGAGACGUAGAGAGCGGUGAUGAGAACGAUAGCGCAUACAUCACAGACAGUUACCGCGGACACGUUGCCGUUAAUGGCGCUGUCGAUGGGUCUUCUUCCCUCUCCUCCACAAACGUGCUCGGGGAUGUGACACCCCGGCCUCCUCUUCGCGGAUUCUCGGGCGACGCCACACCUACCGAAAUCGCUACUCCCCCGUCUCACACCCUUUCGCCUCAUCCCACGUUUUCGCCACCCGCCGGUUCGUCUCGCUCGAAUGCUCCAUCCCUGCUUGCUUCCACGAGUUCAAGCUCCACCGUAACAGUCACCCAUGCACCAAACGACUCCUACCAUACACAGUCUCGCCCUUCUUCCAGGGCAGUUCAGGGGACGAAUACUACCUCGGCAGCUUCCCCAGCGUUGUCUCAUACCUCACAGUCACGUUCAACGGGCAGCCGAACGAACACGCCUCUCAACGCCCAGUCCAAUGGUCGGCUGCUCGUGCCCUUUCACCAGGAUACUCCGCUUUGGCCAUACCCUCGCGCUCCGCUGGACGACCGCGAUGGUACUGGGGACGAGUCGGACGUCGUAGAGCUCGAUUUCGCAGAUACGAGCGCGCUAAGCGACAUGGCUGCUUUCGAUCGGCGAGUGCAAGAGAAGGAAAAGAAGGGAAGUAAGAAAACACAGAAGAAGAGCAGGAAGGAGAGAGAACGGGAGAACGAAAAGGAGAGAGCAGAGAUCGAGAAGAGCUGGGACGCGCCAGAGCCUGUGAACGCUGUUAGCACUCCCACAGUUCCAGCAACCGAUGUCAGCGGACAAUAUGUCGAUGGAGCGGCGGCGGCGCAGGAUAAGGGGAAGAAGCCAGCUACCCACGACCCUGUUGGGCCGCUGAAUCAGGGGACGGCACGCGAAAGUAUUCUCGCCACCCUGCCUGGGCGGUCUCAACCUUCAUACUCACCAAACAUCAGCCGGAAUGACUUCGUCAGGGAACUGCUCACUACUAUCCAUACUGACAAGUCAUUCGUGGACAGUUUGUGGACAGGCUACUGCAGACGUCUGCAGGCGGAAGGCUGAAGGUUGAAGGUUCUGCUCCUAGUCUUGGUGAUAUAAUGUUGAAUUGGCUCGGUGCUGUUGUGAGAAUAUUAGCAGCAGCAGUAGUAGGAAUCCCUAACAGUCUGCAUGUCAACUUGACUGCCCUUUUUGAC